AGAAGCGCGUACGGUCGACGGCGAGCGGUAGUCGUAUCUCGUACGCCGCAAACGCCAGUCCGAGCUCACUGACUUGGUGCCGUCCGUUAGUAGACAGCCCUGUCGUUUACGCGUAAUUCCUGUACGGACGUCCGUUAGUAGACAGCCCUGUCGUUUACGCGUAGUUGCUGCACGGACGUCCGUCAACUUGGAGCCGCGUGUGUUGGGUGCGGUACCGUUCGCCGCAUGGCCUUCACCGCGACCACCUAGUCACACGUGGACGAUACCAGAUGGAUAUUGCGAACAAAAUAUUAUGUAGAUUAAGAAAUGACCAAUAAAUAGUAAAAGUCGAGGAAGUGAUGGCACUGCUGUUUCUAUUUAAAACGAAUGGACCGGCAAACCCGAUAACACAGUGAACAAUUCAAAAUGGUGAAUAGUACAGCAGUAGGUUGUAUAUCUGACCACGAAUCAUUGUCCAGACCAGUCAUGUUGACUAUAAUCACGGCUGCUGGCGCAGCAAUCAUAGUCACAAUCUUUGGUAACAUUUUAGUGAUAAUGAGCGUUGUUCAAUAUCCACCCUUGCGAUCCGUUCCCAAUAUAUUUAUUGUAUCAUUAGCUGUAGCUGAUUUAAUGGUAGCUAUUGGCGUGCUACCGCUAAACGUAGUGUAUAACAUUACUGGAGUAUGGCAUUUUGGUGGUGUUGUUUGUAAACUAUGGCUAACGUGUGACGUACUAUGCUGCACAGCAUCUAUUCUCAAUUUGUGCGCAAUUGCUUUGGAUCGUUACCGAGCUAUAACUCAGCCUAUUGCAUACGCUCAAAAGCGAACAGUGUCUCGCGUAUUAUGGACAGUGGCCAUUGUAUGGCUAGCAAGUGCUGUUAUAAGUUCACCGCCGUUAAUUGGUUGGAACGACUGGCCAGAAGCAUUCGAUGAACAAACGCCAUGUGCGUUAACCACUCAUCCUGGAUAUGUAGUAUACUCUUCUAUGGGUUCUUUCUACAUUCCACUAGUUGUGAUGAGCAUAACAUAUCUAAGAAUUUAUAUAGCUACGCGACGUAGACUGCGGAGAAGAGCUCGCGUAGCAUUACCUCAAAAUAACCAACAAAAAAUCCAGGCUGAUUGUGGUAGUGGAUCAGUAAAACAUCACAAAGAAAAGACCAAACGUACUGAAAUAGCUACUGGUGAUUCAGCUAGUAGUAGUGAUGAAGUGGAUGUUGCAACAGCUAUUUCCGUUAAAACCGCUCAACUACCAAAGAGUGGUAAACAUGUCAACCAGCUGUUAGAACAUAAGAAGCGCAUAUCGUUAUCUAAAGAGCGAAAAGCUGCCAAAACUCUUGGAGUCAUUAUGGGUGUGUUCGUCGUUAGUUGGUUACCGUUCUUUAUCAUCUACCUUUACUUCCCGUUUUGUAAAAUAUGCUGCCCUCCAUCUAAAGUUCUCGUCAAUGUAGUUACGUGGCUGGGGUAUCUAAAUUCUACAGUCAAUCCAAUAAUCUAUACCAGAUGUAAUAUGGACUUCCGGAGAUCAUUUAAAAAAAUUUUACACAUGGAUUAUCGUUAAUAAUAACGAAAAUAACGAAUAAAAUCAUAAGUAAUAAAUGGAGAUGUAAAAAUUCUAGUUAAUAUAAAUUAAAAUUUUUACUUUGAAGAUAUAGGAUCUAUUGUUAUCAAGUAAAAUUAUGUUAAUAUCAAAUGCAGAGUUUUGGGUAGGCGUUUAAGUUGUAUUAUGAAUCGAGAUUGGAUAUUACAAGAAUGUGUUAUAAGAUUGGUUGACAAUUAUUAUUUAUUAAGUUCCAAUAGAAUACAACAAUUUAUCAGAAAAAUACCUUUCUUUUACAUAUUUAAUAAAUAUGUAGAUAUAAAUAUUUUUUUUAUUUUAGAAAAACAAUUUAUACAAGCACAUAUACAAUAAGUUUUUUUUCUAAUGUAUCUUAAAAGACAAUUAAGGAAGCCACUCUUUGGUAACACCUUCAUAAGUAAAGUUGAGAUAUAUUAAUAGGUUUCUAUUCCAGUUACGUUUUAAAAGGUUGUUUGAAAUAAUAGUCCUGUACAUAUGUUAUAUUGAAAGAUUUAAAUUUAAGUUAAGUUUGGUGUGAAAUCUAAAGUAGUGUAAUUUUGCAAGUUUGUUAACAUUGUCUAUUUAUAAAUCUUUAUAUAAAUUAUUAUUAAUAAUGUACCAAGGAGUAUUUGCGAGCAUUCGAAGUGAUAAAUUUUAAAACGGCUAUGCAGAUCUUAUUGUUGAAGAUUUAACUAAUCCUCAUAAGCCCACAUUCGAAUUAUUCACUUAUAUGAGUAGUUUAGUCCUGAGUAGCAGGUUAUACUUGAGCAGAGGAAGAAAAGGACAUUAUCUAAUAUUUACCUUUUUCUUUUUUUCCUUGUGGUUGGUUAGGCACCUGGUUAGUCAUUUAUCUAGAAUUAAACCUAAGUAUUUUGUUUAUUUUUGAAUAAAUGUAAUGAAGUUGUUAAAAUUUACAAGCAGGCAUAUAAAUAUAGUUUAGUAGUAAACCAUCAAUGAUUUUUUAUUCGUACUAUAAAUAACAACAAGGUGUAUGAUAAAAUUAUAUAAAUGUAUACUCCAUUUUUCAUAAAAAUUUUUAGGAUUUUACGUUCUGUUUAAUUUUAGUAAUAUUGAUUUCUAUAAAGUUGAUCAACUUAAAACCUAAUUUAUAUUAGGUUAUUAUAUCCAGUUUUAUUUUAAUAUACAAUUAAGGUCCUUAGAUUAUUUGAAAGUUGUACAUAAUGUUUACUAAUUAAAGUAAGAAAAAGUCAUACAAAAACAUAAAUUUUAUUUUUGACAGUGUUUCAAAUGAUAUGAUUCCCUUAAAAACAUGGUUAGAAUUGACUUUAGGUUCUGCGAUAACUUAGAUAAGAUGAGAAAAUCCAGAUGAUCAGUAAGCCCAAACUAACGAUCACAUACUUCAACGAAAAUGUAUCAAAUGUUACGUAAUAUAUUUUUAAGGAUUUUAUAUUCAAUUUUAUUUGUUUACUUUUGAAUAUAGUAAGCCGUUCUAGUGUAAAUUUUACUAUUAAUCGAAAUUGCUUUUCAACACUUGUGGUACUUGUGACAUUAAGUUGUAAGUAUUUUUGAUUGGUAAAUGAUUUUGUUUUAUCGACACAUGACAGAAAAGACAAUGCAACGUCAAAAAAACGUGAUAACUAUAAUAUUUCAAUAGGAUAAAUAGCAUACAUAUUUUUUUA